AUAUCUCCUCGACUUGACGGAUAGAUAUUUAUUAGGCUUAGAGUCAGGAUCCAUACUGAGCGCUUUCCGGUCAGUGAGAGGCCGCCUGGAAUUGUGUUCGGUAAAUGGCAAUAGACUUGCCCUUUGACACAUGGGCGACAAUAUAGCCAGCCGUAGUGGUUAUAUUCUCUCUGUAGCCACGUAGUGGUAAUAUUCUCUUUGUAGCCAGCGUAGUUGCCGUAUAAUUUAGGUAGACGUUCUACCACUGAACGGAAAAACAUGCGCGACGUUAUAUUACGACGCAAGGCAAUCAUAUCUAAGCUACAACCAGUAUUUUUUUGAGUAGAGUGUUUUAAAGUUGGCUUUAAUAAUAAAAUUCACUUAAACUAAGUAUUUACUUUAUAAAAAUACAGUCUAUUGAAAUAAAAACAAUCCUAGAGCACCAAGACCUAGAUUAAACGAAGCAGAAAAAUCUGGCGAUUGCAAACAUUUAUAUAACUGAUUUUGGGGUAUAUUUGUCGCUUAGAUAUAAUUGCCUUUCAAGCGUCGGUUUAAUUGCCUAACGAACACGCCUUUCACGCAAGUUCAGUGACUGCCAAGUAGCACCGUAUUUACAUAAGUUUAGACUUUCAUAAAUUUACUUCUAGUAAAAUACAAGCGUUCGCUAUCGGUAAGCAGGGCAUAUGAGAAUAUACCUAAUAUAAUUAGGGUACUCAGCAAGCUAUCUACCUACUCGAAAUUUAUAAUAUAAUGUGUAGAAAAAACAUCAGGUGUUUGCAAUAUGUUAUCUUUACUAAGAUUGUUGAAAUUUUUUUACAAUGUGGAUAUUUUUUCGUUAAUUUCAUAAUGAUAAUGCCACUAGAUUUAUGGACUCCGUGGUUCUCCUCCUAAAGUACACAUCAUUUUGAUUAUAUAGACUAUUAAUUAAGGAAUAUUUAAGUGGUUUAAAAUUCUCAAAAACAUCUAAAAUUUGUUUUAAAAAAAUAUAUUUGUAAAUCUUUGCAUAUUCCCGCUUGUAACUUGCGCGCCGCGCCGUUAAGUAUGUAUAAACCGAAUUGCUCAAGCCGUUAGCUUGGGGAGACGCCUCAGUUAUGACUAACAGGGGUCAUGUACUUACUGUCUUACAUUUUUCCUGUUGCCGCCCUUCUCUUGGAUAUUUUGAAAGCAUAAACGAGUGUCCAAUAAAGAAUUUACAAAUACAAACUUCACAAAAAUAUGAGUAUAUUCAAGUUACUCUAUUAGUAUGAGCAUGUAACGUAUCUUAUAUCUACUAAUAGGUAUAAUAGUCUAAGGUUUAGGCUCUAGUUGGAAACAAAGAUUGGUUCUUUAAUCCAGUUAGACAAUAUGGUGUUAAUCUGUAUUAGUUGUAUAAAGUUCAUUAAGUAUUAAUAUUAAACAAUUAACGGAUAUUAAAAUUCAAAGUUUUAUAGAUCUCAGUUUUCAAAAAUAUUCGAUUUACCUAUGAAAAACAAAAGAAAGGGAACAAAAGCUUAUUGUUUUACUAACUUUUAUGACUCAACGAAGAUAGAUCUAUUAACAAAAGAAUAUAAUUCUCCGCUUAGAAACCUACUAGGAAGUGGUGCAAAAAAAAGGUUUUUGUCGGUCCCGAUGCCAUUGGCGAAAAUUCUUAUUGUUCGGGGACUAAGGGCGGGGGACCGUAAUAACUGUUGUAAGGGUGCAAUGAAACUUUUACCUGAGCCAUGGAGCAAUACCAGACCCUUUAGUUACGCAGUGAAUUAGUAACGUUUGUGGGUUCUAGUCGCAUCUAUGAUGUCCGGUAAGAAGAGUGAGAACUGGCUCCUGGUAGAGUGGAGUGAAGGCGGUAGAGACGUGGUGUAUGUGAAGUCGGUGCUGAGUCCUCUCAACAAGGAGUUGAAGGCUGGUGAUGUUCUAACAGCUAAUAGGAAAGGCGAGGCGCAUGCCGGUACACUUAUUGCGCGCGCACGGGAACGUCAUAUGCUGGAUUCUAUGAUAAAGAGCGAGGAGCCAGCUGGCCCAAGUUUGAAGAAAGGUGAAGAGUCGGAAGACUUUUCAGCAAGCGCAUCGUCCUGGGAACCGAGCGACGAGGACGGCGCAAUGUCUGCUGAUUCAGAUGCCGUAGAGACAAAGAAAAUCAAAUUAGAUAAGUGCAAACGACAGUAUUCCAACAGGAGAUCAAGCAAAAAAAUUCUGACUCCAUCAAACAAAGUAAACGCUAUCAUACCUAAAUCUAUGCAACAGUCCAAUUCAAUCAAUCGAAAGCGAAGUUACAAGGAUAUUGGAAAAGGUACACCAGUGAACAAAUCACUAGCUGAUUCUACAAAAAAACACAAUAGCUCAAAAACAGAAACGAGUCAGAAAAAAAUAACAAUUGACGUCCGUGAGCUCAUAAGUAUUAGAAACAGUUUUAAAGCCCUUUUUAAAACAAUAGACGAUCUGAAGCGAGCUGUUGUACCCAAUUUUAUACCCGACGAGGAAAAGAUAACAUUAGAUGAUAUUAUACCAGUUGUGAAAGCGACUGACGCUUUAGAGGAAACUGUCGAAGAAUAUAAAGAAUUAGAAAAUAAUGACAGUGAAGAAUUCGAUAGAUCAGAUGACAACGUGCUGAUAACAAACAAAUACGAUAACCAACGCGUUAUGCAAGCCAAACCAACGGAAACGAAAAAUGGAGACAAAGAUUGGGUACCUAUUGGUAGUGGUAAAACAUUAAUACACGCAGACCAAUUUAAAAAAGUAAAUUGGCGAUCUUACACAAUAGCUACAAGGACAUUAUUACUGGCCGUUUUUCCAAGAAGAAUAUUAGCGACACACUCGUUAACUGGCAAAAGAUCGCCAGCUUUUCAAGAUAAGCCAGCUAAGAUGUGCUUGGAUCCGAAAAUAAUAUCCGACGUUAUAAUGGAAAUUAUGGACAGAUUUGAUGUAAAAGAAAAUCUAGUUAGAAGUAUAAUAACCACGAAAUGCGCAGAUGAGUGCAAAAUGUGGAAGGCACGAAUAAACAAGAAAAAAUCUAGGUCUCUGAAGGAUCGGGAAAAUGUGCCACCAGAAACAAAUGGGAAAUACAAGGCGGAAGAAGUCCAUUCUUAAUAACCAUUAUAAAAUUUUAAUCAUUAUCAUUAAUUAAAAUGUUAUUUUUGUACUGUUUUUAAACGACACCACCAUUGAUAUUUAUUUUGAUUUUAAAAGUACAAUAAUUGUUCUCGAACUAAUUUCCAAGUUAUUAUCUCUGUAAUUUAAAUUAAAAUACUUGAAUUAAUAGAUUUUAAAGCCCGGCACGGAUUAAGGUAAUUAAAUUCCAAGAACUUAUUUGUUUGUUAUGUGCGCGGAGCCAUAAACAAUAACUUAAUAGAUUUUUGAGGUGUCUUAGAAUAUUUAUUGUAUUUGUGACUUAGAUAUUAAAUGUUAUAACAGGCUGUGAGUAAACUGAACCAAUGAAA